AUGAAUCACUCCAAAGCAUCGUUGGAAUGGUUGAUGUGGCAAGAAUACAAUAUCGGAAGUCGAAUUCAGCACGCACGUAACGGAGGAGAGUAUCGUAUCCCUGUUGGCCCUACCUCGUACUUCGUGGAUGGUUAUGAUGCACAGACCCGCGCAGUCUACGAAUUUCACGGGUGCCUCUAUCAUGGUUGUCGUACCUGUUACACAAAUCGCAAACAAAUUCCGUUCUGUUCUAAUGGGUUGACCUUAGAAGCCUUACGCCAACAGACCAGUCAGAAAAUCCAAAAACUCCGCGGUAAAGGGUAUCGAGUGGUGGAAAUCUGGGAGUGUGAAUGGGAGAAAGAGAAGAAAGAAGCACCAGCCAUUGCCGAAUUUCUAAAAGAUUUGGAUAUUAUCCCUCCUUUGAACCCAAGAGAAGGUUUUUACGGUGGUAGAAUGGGCGCCGCCUGCCUGUACCAUAAAGUAAAUGAAGAAGAAAGAGAAGAAAUCCGCUACAUCGACGUAACCUCUGAGUACUCCUACGUAAACAAGUAUGGUACGUACCCUGUAGGCCACCCAGACAUUCAUUUGGAACCAGAGAAUCAAGACCCUAGAAGUUACUUUGGCUUGAUGACUGUGGACAUCACCCCACCCGCUGACCUGUAUAACCCAGUCUUACCUUACCGUCAUAAAAUUGGAAACUCCUACAAGCUGACCUUCCCAUUAUGCCGUGAAUGUGUAGAAAUAGAGACACAGAAAGAACACAUGCUGGAACGCGACUAUCACUGCCCACACAGUGAUGAAGAACGAAUGUUACGAGGCACCUGGUGA